AUGGGUUUGCCUGUGUACGAAAAAUUGGCCAAAAGGACUAAAAUUACCCUUAACUGUAUUGUUAAAGAGAAUCCUAUUAAAGGCCAGUUUAGAAUUAAAAUCGAUGAAAAUGAUUUUAUUUGUGACCUUCGAGAAGCUAUAAGAGAAAAUCAGAGAAGUACUUUUGAAUAUAGUAGUCUUGGCAUCAAUCCAAGAUGGGUGUUUCAUAAUUCCCAGUAUGACGUAUGUGAUAAAGGUUUCGCAUUGAAGAAAACCUUAAAUAAACACAAAGAAAGUAAUACUCAUGACAAAAUGCUAGGUCGUGAAAGAAAAGCUAAAAAUCUACCUUCUGAUCCUGAUUCUGAUGAAGGCAAUGAGGAUAACUCCAUCUCAUUAACUUCGAACGAUAUCACAGCCUUUAAUAAGGAAAUUGAGAAUCUGGGUCCUGGCGAUGAAGAUAGUGAUAUGGGAUACGAUACUCCUUAG